UGGUGGUGGAGACCAGAUCUGAGCUGACUUGGGCGAAGUAGCCAACCGACGACAAGCUGCAAUUCGCAGAUAUCGAGUCGAGGUCAGGGAGUGUUCCUCGCGUUUUCCCUGGAGCAUUCAUCGGGUUCUCUUGGAAUUUAGAGCCAUAGAAGCCAUGGCGUCCACAGCUGAAGCGGCCGCCGCGCCUCGGAAGACGCCCAUCGCGGCGCCCACCGCCGACACCAAGCCCGCGCCGCGGCCGGAGCUCACGGAGGAGCAGCGGACCAAGUACAGCGCGCUCCUGGAACAGGCCAAGGCCUUCACCGAGGUGCAGUGCGACAAGGAGAAGGACAAGUCCGGUCCCAUCACCGAGAAGGAGCGCGCCUGGCUCACCCGCGAGUGUCUGCUGCGCUAUCUGCGCGCCACCAAGUGGACCGUCGACGACUCGGCCAAGCGCCUGCUGGCGACGCUCGCCUGGCGCCGCGAGUACGGGUUGGACGAGUUCACGCCCGACUACAUCUCGCCGGAGCAGGAGACGGGCAAGCAGAUCAUCGUCGGCUUCGACAACCAGGGCCGGCCGUGCCAGUACCUCAACCCGGGCCGCCAGAACACGGAUGCCAGCCCGCGCCAGAUCAACCACCUGUUCUACAUGGUGGAGCGCGUCACCGACAUGAUGCCGCCCGGCGUCGAGAUGCUGAGCCUGCUGAUCAACUUCAAGCCGAGCAAGGAGCGCAAGAACACCAGCGUGCCCGUGUCGACGGCCAGAGAGGUGCUGCAUAUCCUGCAGAACCACUACCCGGAGCGACUGGGCAAGGCGCUCAUCAUCAACGUCCCCUGGAUCGUCUGGGGCUUCUUCAAGCUCAUCACGCCCUUCAUCGACCCCGUGACGCGCGAGAAGCUCAAGUUCAACGAGGACAUGAAGCAGUACGUUCCCGCGGAGCAGCUGUGGAGCCUGGACUGGGGCGGCGACAUGCCCUUCGAGUACGACCACGCCACGUACUGGCCGGCGCUCAACGACAUGUGCCGCCAACGCCGCGAGGAGCGCAUGCGCCGCUGGGAGGCCGGCGGCAAGCUGGUGGGCGAGUCGGAGGAUUUCCUGGCGGGCGGCACCGACGAGAGCGUUUCGGGCGUCAAGUACGUUGCCGGCGCUGCCCCUGUCCCGGCCUCUGCUGUUGGUGAUGCUGAGAGGAGCAAUGGAGUGGACGAGGUGGAGGAGAAGUUGGCCCAGACCAAGCUGGACGAGAAGCCCGUUGUGGCGUAGACGAACAGACUAGAACUACAGAGUACUUGAAAGGGAUUUACUUGAAAGAGGCUGGGAAAAGCAACGAUAGAGAGGAACCCAAUCAAGAAUCUUCCAGCAACACUUUCAAGUUUCAACAGCCAACACGGGCAUA